AGAAAGGCUGAAGCAAAAGACAACACCAUAUAGUAGAGGCAUCUAAAGAAAAGGCUGAAUCCAAACGAAAAGGAUGAACGAGACAAGGCGAAGUGUAUAGUGUGGCCGAGUCCAGGCUCCAGCGUAACACGGAGCAGGAUGAUGGCCGCCGGCCGGCCCUGCCCUUUGCGCGGCAAUCCUCCUCUCCAAAAGCAGGGCACGCGGACACCCCCAGACACCACCACCCACACCCCAAGCUGACCAGCACAAGCAAACCUCAAAAGCGCUGCGCUGCGCUGCGUAUCAUAUCGCCGUGCGCCCCUGCCCCUGCUACGCAGACACCACCCCAGCUGCGAGCGACACGAGAGACAACCACGGCCAGCUCCUGCCUAUGUUAUUCUUCUCGCCUUCUUGCUCGCCGGCAUAGACCGCAGCUCGCAUGAUCGGUUGCAAAGCUCGACCGGGGAGCGAGAUAGACCGCCGAUCUAGCUAGCUAGUCCAAGGCGGGCCAGGGCACUGCUGGUGGUGGACGUCGACCAUGGUGGCGCUCGGGCAGGGGGGGAACAGGACGAAGGAGGCGGAGGAGGAGGCGGCGGCGCGGUGGGAGAGCGAGAAGGAGGCGGAGAUCGACUACGUGUUCAAGGUGGUGGUGGUGGGCGACUCGGCGGUGGGCAAGACGCAGCUGCUGGCGCGCUUCACCCGGGACGAGUUCGCGCUCGACUCCAAGUCCACCAUCGGCGUCGAGUUCCAGACGCGCACCCUCACGCUCCACCGCAAGCGCGUCAAGGCGCAGAUCUGGGACACCGCCGGGCAGGAGAGGUACAGGGCGGUGACGAGCGCCUACUACCGGGGCGCGCUGGGCGCCAUGGUGGUGUACGACGUGACCCGGCGCGCCACGUUCGAGCACGUGGCGCGGUGGGUGGAGGAGCUCCGCGCGCACGCCGACGGCUCCUCCACCGUCGUGGCGCUCAUCGGGAACAAGGCCGACAUGCCCGCGGGGAGGCGCGAGGUGGCCGCCGACGAGGCCGCGCGCCUCGCCGAGGAGCAGGGGCUCUUCUUCUCCGAGGCGUCCGCGCUCACGGGCGACAACGUGGAGCGCGCCUUCCUCACGCUCCUCGAGGAGGUCUUCGCCGUCGUGUCGCGCAGGGCGCUGGAGCUCGACGAGGCACGCCGGAUGCGCGGCGACCAGGGCCAGGGCGAUGGCGGCCGAGGCGGCGAGGUGCUGUCGCUCAAGGGGACCGCCGUGGAUGUGGGCUCCAUCAUGGAGACCAGCGCCAUGAAGAGGAGCUCGCAGUGCGCUUGCUCAUGAUGCGUCUUUAGUGCACAUGUAGGAGAUAUUAUUAUUUAAAAAUAUACCUUUUCUAAGAACUUCACAUUUACAAGAUGCAGAUUAUUACACUCUUCAUGGUUUAUUAGGCAAUGUUACCAUGUAAAGCUUUGUACGUGUAUCUGAUCCAUCUGUCAUUCAUCAUUUUUUUCCUUCGAUUUUUUGAUGCAAAGAAUAUGCGGAUUUGUGUCAACAAACUCGUUUUUCACAA